AUGGACCAACGCUCCAUCAAAGUUCCAGCAGACACCGGCGGCAAAGGUUCCCCCCACAAUUCUCAAGAUCACCCGGAACAAGAGAAUGUGGAUUUGAUGACUGGCAAUACUAAUACCUACAAUGGCGCGAAGAACUUCAGAGCAGCGCAUAAUUUCCUUGAUGGAUGCUGCCCCAGCACUCUCAGUGGCGGCAACCCUCGACAACUAGGGAACAGAUCUGUGUCUGAGCAAGCAGGACAGCAAGGGAACAGAAACGACCAAACUGGAGCCACUGGGCACGAAACCAAUAGUGCUAGCACCGAGAGGACAAAUGAUGACGGACGCCGCAACGACGGACAAACCAGUGCCUGGACGAGCAGAGGAAAUCAGCAUAUGGAGAGUCAGCAGGAAGGGAGCCACGUAAAUGUCAAUUCUCUGGUGGGAAGGCUUACAGACCGGCCACAAGCUCGACACAACGACGACAGAGGCCACAACCUGAGCAGGCCAAAACGGGCGACAGGUUGA